GCUGAUAUAGCUAGUAGUCACCUUCUAUAAUAUAAUAACUGGUAUGAGGGGAAAGAUAUAUGAGAGACGAAAUCUGUCAUGAACGUAUUGUUUCAUGUUAUUGCCUCUUCUGCUCUUGAGUUCUUUACAAUGUUUACUGUUUGGAAGUGAAGAAGCCGUAAAAAUUGUGGUAGCUGUCCUUUAACUUUCCUGUUGAAGCUCAAGCGCCAUAGGUCCUAUUGGAAAGGCAAUUCCUUCUCCGGGCUGCAUGCUACCGACAGCUUUGACCAUCGAGACUUUGAAUGGGGGCAGCUAGGAUGGGAUCACGGAUAGAAAAUACGAAGCGGUGGUUGAGUGACCGGUGGGGUUGGGUCGUCGUGGCCGGUGCUUCGGUGUUUUUCUUUCUCAUCUUUGGAUUCAUGCUUGUCUUCAGCAUUAUAUUCGUCGCCCUCCAAGAAGAAUUCAAGAGUACAGUCACCCAAACAGCAUGGAUGGGUUCCUUGCCGCUAGGUGUUUGCUGUGCCAGCUCACCGCUAAUCAGCCUUCUGAUUGAACGCUUUGGGCCUCGUGCUAUCGUCGUGACAGGGUUGGCAAUCUCGUCGGUUGGCAUCAUUGUGACGUCAUUCAUGCACUCUCUUCCACCGAUGUACUUCUCGUUUAGCUUGGCCUUUGGCUUUGGCUCUGGGAUGGCGUUCUUUGGUUGCCUUAAUCUCAUCCUAACCUACUUCCCCCUUAAGAAUGCAACCAGGGCCACGGCAAUGCCCAUGGCAAGCUCAAACCUCGGUACGUUUACCCUUGGACCUUUGACCUACCUUCUGCAGACACGAUACGGAUGGAGAAACAUGCUAAGAAUCAUGGGAUCGUUGAUAGGGGUCAUCUGCAUACCCUUGAGUUUGCUGGUUUUGAAACCGCCAUCUAAACCAAGAAUAGAACACAAAACGAUUUGCGCGUCCGGAAGAACGAAAUACUCUGAGAUAGCUUCACAGGAAGACGAAAAUUCCGACGUUCGAAGUGAAGGCAUCAAAAGUCAAAACAAUUCUUCCAGUCAUGAAACUUCCGCAAAAAUGGAUAAAACCAUUCAUGAAUGCGAUUUGUGUGAUAACACACAGAGGAUAGCCGAUGGACGAAAAAUGGUUAUCAAAGGUAGAGUGUAUCAAGAAAACGAAACUCAACGUAGUCCCAUUUGCAGAAUUCUUCGUACUCUUUUGUAUCCAGAUGUCCUAUUGCUCUCAUUUUCUGUAUUCGGAUAUGGUCUUGUAAACUCCGUUUUCUUCAUACAAUUGGUAAACUUCAUGAUUUCUAUCGGGCGCACGGCAGAGCAAGGAACACAGGCCGUCAUGGUCAUGAGCAUCUCCGUCACGAUCGGCAAAAUAGUGCUAGUCCUGUUUGCGGACAUGGCACCUUUUCCUAAACUUGGCUUCUUCCUGAUCUCUAGUUUCAUCGGAUCUGGUAUACUGCUGUCCUUUCUGUGGGUGCAUGAACACAUCGCUGUGUUGUUGUUGACGGGCACAUUAGGCGUGACUGUGGUAGGUAUAUGUGACAGUCUUCCGUAUUCAGUUUCCAACAAUACCUUCGGUGUUUCAACAGGAACUCAAGCCCUUCCCAUUAUUGCCUUCUUCCAUGGAGCUGGAUUCAUGCUUGCAUCCUUUCUCGGUGAAAGUGUAGAUCGGACUGGAUCUUACGACAUAACUUUAUACGUCUGCAUUGGAAUUUACGCCGUGUGUGCCCUGUUUUGCAUUCUAGUUCCUGUUUGCCAGAGGUGUUUCGCCAAAGACCGUUUUGUUAUGGACGUUUAUUUCGAAUGCAAACAUGAAGAAAGUACCAAGGAUGAAAUACAUACGAGUAAAAAUAGAAAAAGCACUUUGUGUGGAUAAAGAAGAAAACGUAACAUACAUUGUCACUGAUAAGGUGUCUUCGGUAUGAUUUUUGUUGUUGUUGCUUGCAGCCGCACAGAAAGU